CACACGCAUCGCAGCGUCGUCGACAGGGAGACAACCAGAGGCGGAAAGAGAAACAGGCAGAAGCAGAGGAGAGACGCUACCACCACGUUGACCCUUACUGUCGAAGGAAGGAGGAUUGAUUACAAACACCCCGAUAUUUGCGGGGUAAGAGUCAAGAGACACGCGAACAGACACGUGGUGUUUCAUAUGCCGGACGUCGUCAAGCCCGGGCCGCCUAGCAAUGGUGGGGAUGCUGACGGUGGGGGUGAGGACGAGCAGGAGAAUGGAGCUGUGACAAUGGAUUUGAUGGGAUCUGGACGCGACUUUCCUCUUCAGGUCCUGAUCCUGGUUUUGGUGCUGUUGGGGUGGCUGCACGCAAACGGACUUCCGCUCUGCCACUGCUGAGACCUCCCCACCGAUAAUUUACUGCCCCCGUUGCACCGUGGGAAGAGCGAGCUAUCUGCCACAAGCUGGUGUCUGCACGUUUUUAUAACAAGCGGUGUGCUGUUUCCGUAUGGCUUUGUGUGUUGUUUGCAACAUGUGUUUCUGAACACAAGAUCGGGACGGCUUUGUAGUUCCCGUGGGCAACGUGUUUUUGUUUGGUGUUUGUCAAGUGUUUUUGGAGCCAGGGAAAAAAACGUUCGUAUAUACCGCUGCCGUAGCUUGCGCUCCAUGCCAGGCCUGUCGCGCGGUCGAUUGUAAUGAAUGCCAGUGGCAAAGAUCGACGCGGCUGGGUGUAGAUGGUGCUGUCUUUUUUUCAUGUUGAAAUGCUUUGGUCACUAUCGGUGUGUUGCCAUAGGCUGACUGGAUUGUUUUCCUCUACGCCGUAUGCAUACGAAUUU